CUCACCACCUCCCCACACUACUCCCCGUCCAUCAGAAUCCCACUCCCCAAACCCCUCUCUCUCGAUCUCUCUGUCUCCAUCUCUCGCUCUCAGAUCAACAAUGGAGAACCAGAGCCCCGACUGGUCCUCUCUUGGUAUCGAUCUCCUCAACCGCGUAUCUAAGAAGCUCGACCAUAGCUUAGAUUACCUUCACUUCCGUUCUGUGUGCUCUAAUUGGCACUCGGGUGCUCCAGCCAUCAAAUUCCCACCCCUUCUCUUCCUACCGUUCGAUCCAAACACCGAGACCAUCCCGUUCUUCGACCCGUCGGACGGCGACGUCCACACCCUCCCACUGCCGGCGGAAGCCCGAAACAAGACCUUCUGCGGGACUUCCCAUGGCUGGCUCAUCCUGCUGGAGGAGCCCACCAACUCCAUCUCCCUCCUCAACCCCCUCACCGCUGAGAACGUCCCGCUCCCUCCGUUCACCCACCACAUCCCCAAGCCUUCGAGCAAGCGUGUCAUUUUGAGGAUCGAGCGCUGCCUGGCCAACCCCAGGUGCAUCCGGCCCGGCGUCCCCUGGCAGAACCGCCCUUUCAUCCAGGAAGCCGUCCUCUCCUCGCCGCCCAGCUCCGGGGAGCCAUGCAUCGUCAUGGCCAUCCUCCAAAAUGGCGAGGAGUUGGGCUUCUGCCGGCCCGGUGACGGUGCGUGGACGCUCGUCGAAACCAGGGGUAUCUACAACAUUGACAGCGUCGCGUAUUGGAAUGGGAGUUUCUACGCCGUCGACCGCGUCGGCCGCAUCGCGGCCUGCGAAUUGAACGCUACUCCCGCGAGGGUCGCUCGCGUUUCGCUGCUGCCGGAUCCGCUGGUGCCCGACCAGUUCAAGCUUUUGGAGUCCAAGGGGGAGCUUCUUCUGGUAGGUAUCGACACCGAGGAUAACGAUAGUCCGGAUUACGAGAUGAACACAUUCAUCUACAAGGCUGAUCUGAGGGAGGGUCGUCUGAUAUGGUCCAAGGUGGAUACCAUGGGAGAGAAAACGUUGUUCUUGUCUGAGGAUUCCAAUUCAGGCGUUGUUGGACAUGAGCUCCACGGGUGCAGGCGCAAUUGCAUGUACAUCUCUAAAUCCAGUGAUCAUGAAGAGGCUGUUCACUUCAUCAGGUUGAGGAACAUAGGAGAUAGCAGCAGUUCUGAAUUGAUAUCAUGCCGUUGGUCCUCGAAUCUAUCGGGACCUGUCUUCUGGUUGAAACCUGGCUUCUUCUAGCUUGCAAGAAGGACAAUGUUCGAACAGAGGACAGUAUGCUGCAACCAAACUUGGCUAAAUCUACUAUUGCUGGGAUUCUUCAGACCAAGGGAACUAGUGGCAGCGUCCUUCAUAGCCUUCUAAGGAGCCUUUUUUAAUUAUAGCAUUAUAGUUUAUCAUCUAUCAAACCAUUUUACUAUAAUUAUCUGCUUUGGCUCUUGAACCUCUUCUAUUAUCAAGUUCUACGUACCUUUUUAGUUGAGUCCUAUCUAUUUUCGAAGUAAUUGUGGUACUUGAUAUAUUAAUUGGAGCAUAAAGAUUACUUUGUUUUGU